AGAUGAAUUCUAUGGCUUCAAACUGUGGUCUGACAAUAUGACGCCAGCUGACUUGAUAAUACUCUGCUCGCUUAUGACCAGGACACUAUGCGUCGCUCCACAAAUGCCAGAUUUCAAGACCGGCGAGAAAAUCAUCAAUGGUCCCUUUUGGCAUGAAGUUUUCACGGAAGUCUAUGAAGAUUUAGAAGACGAAUUAUCAACUACAACCUCUGAACCCCUUCCUUUCUUCGAAGACGAUCCAUCUACUAACAAUGUGACCGCUCAGUUGGGUAGUCGUGUGCAUCUUCAUUGCAGAAUCCAUGAUUUGGGAGAUAAAACGAUAUCGUGGGUUCGGAGACGUGGAGAAGAGAUCCAUCUUCUGUCUUUCGGUCGCCAUACAUAUUCUGCUGAUUCUAGAUACUCUCUCGCUUUCGAGCAACCAAAUAAUUGGAGGUUGCUAAUACAAUAUGUCAGUGAACGGGACGAAGGAUUUUAUGAAUGUCAAAUCUCUACCCAUCCUCCUCUAGUGAGAAGAGUUUAUCUCGUUGUUGUUGUUCCAAAAGUUGAAAUUGUUGACGAAAGGGGCAAACCUCUACAGGACAAAUUCUAUAAAGAAGGUUCGAUCAUAGAACUGCGAUGCGUCGUCAGCGAGGUACCGGAGCCUUCAAGACAAGUUAACUGGAAACACGGCAAUAGAUUGUUGAACUAUGACACCAAACGUGGAGGAGUCAGUGUGAAGACGGAGACAUUACCUAACGGCGCUCUAUCUCGGCUCUACAUCGCUAACGCUAAUAGAAAAGACUCUGGCAACUAUACCUGCUCGUUGGCAGACUUCGCAGCGACUGCUGUCUCCGUGCAUGUACUGAGAGGUGAGAACCCUCUAGCGAUGCAGCGCGGAGGCGUCUCCAAUGUGACACAUUCAUUGCGCGCUCUGCUCAUUUCAUACAUCAGCUGACAGAUUGCCGGCGCGUUAUGGUCACGCGCUAUGUUGUAAAAAUGUAAUUGAUGUCGUAGUUUCAUAGUAAUAUGUUAUACCCCGUUUAUAUUUAAAUUAAGUCGACUGAGGCAUCUUCACUAGUUAAUUAAGAUAUGAAGACCAGACAUUACACGUGAAGACCAGAUAGAUUAAGCCAAUCGAGAUAAAAAUCAAGGCUGGUUCCCAUUGAUGUUUUGAUGCGAUUGCCCUAAGCCCUCCAUUUUGUUAUUUAA